AUGGGUGCAGGUUGGGCUUCCAGCACCGCCCACCCAAAAAGCCACCACCUGUGCCGACUGCUGCGAGCCGAGCCGCGCAGCUCACAGUUGACAAAGCCUCUAGACCACCGAUCGGGCCGGGCUAGGGGCGGGGCCACCAAAGACGCAGCCCCUCCGGGCUACACCCACAAGUUUCGCAGACCAGUUCACCACUGCCCUCUGCUGGCACUGCUCACGUACUGUUGGAGCCAGCCAAGAGUCCCCAUCCUGGGACCUCAUUAUUCUGCCCUCCUGCAGACAUUACUGGGGCAUUAUGGCCUUACCUGGGUUUGCACCUGCAGAAAGCUGCCGUCAAAGAAGGAAGGCUAUGUGGAGGGAGCAAGGUAUGAAGGGCCAGAAACCAAGUGUGAAAGCCACUGGGAAGUACUGCAGCAGAGCCUGGGCUCGGGAGGACCUGUACAAGAUCGUGGCUCCCAGCUCAUGGGAGCUUUAUCAAUGGAGGGGAGCAAGACCAGGACUGACCCUCACCCGCACCAUGAACUGGAUCCAGCAAACCAGUCAGAUCUGCAUUCAAAAGCCACUCCUGUGCUCCUUCUGUGUGACUUGGGCACUAAUUUCUCUGAGUGGGAGGACCUUGGACACUGAAUUCUCUGAUGGGUACAGGACUGCAGAGGUAGCUCUAGUAGUGGCCAAGUGUGUGCCUAUCAUGCUAAAGACCCUGAGUUCAAUCCCCAGCACUUUAAAAAAAUAAAUGAAUGUUCUAUAUCUCUUCACAUCCCUUUAGAGGAGGAUUAGCAGCCUCCCCCACCCCCGCCUCUGCCUUUUCUUGAUGAAAAACCAAAGUCCCCUCAAAGUUAGUGCGGUGAGGUUUAUGUCAGGACUGGGGAAGCACAGAGGAACAUAAAAACCAGCUGAAGACGGUAUUUAAUCAUUGCACCCCCUUCUUUCUGGUGCUGGGAAUGGAGCCAGAGCCAGGGGCAUGCUGGGCAAGCACUCACCACUGAAUGAGGAGGUAGAAUUUAAACUAAGACCCAGAGGAUGAACCAAAGCAAAUGAAGCAUAAAUGGGAAGGGAGAGGGAAAUUUUGGGGUGGAAGCACCCUAUACAAAGGACUAGAGGGCUGGCAAU